GACUGAGUGAUAGAGAAAGCGCACGCAAGAGAGAGAGAGAGAGCAACUGUGUGACAGAGAGAAAGAGAAUGAGGCAAGCUGCUUAGAGGAGUGAGAGAGCCAAGGAAGAAAUAAGGAACACAUUUUACAAGAGCAGGAAGAGGGAGGAUCGCAGACGAGGGACUCCUUCUUUACUGGACACCUGGGACACAGUCACUGUUUUUUUUUUUUUUUCACUCGUCUUCUAGCUGGAGCCCAGUGGAUUGACUAACCUACCGGUGGAUUUUUUAAAUAUGCGUGUAUGCCACACCAUUUAGAAACUAGGAUAAUUUCUAUGUGUGAUCUGCCCUCUUGCUAGCUCGACCGCUACAGACUGAGAGAUUGCUUUCUGUGCCUGUGCUCGGCUCUCGUGCUGUGAUUCUGCUCUGUGCACAAAGUGCAUCUGUCGGCAACCGGUGCUGAGGAUAUCUCCCCUCUGUCAAACAGGACAGCACGCAGCCACCGUCGGAUCAGACUACAGAGGAGAGAGAGAGAGAGAGUGUGUGUGUAUGUAAGAGAGGGAAAGAGAGAGAGAGAGAAAGAGGGGCAGUGAGAGAGAGUCAGAUUCACAGUGUGUUUGAGAGAGAGGCAGAUUAAAGCUCAGGCGAAAGACUGGAGUGAAACAGCUUAAAUAGAGAAGUGAACCUAUACGUCCUCUCCCGUUUUCCUUGUCAUCCCUUUCCUCCUCCUCUCCUCCUCCUCUUCCUCUCCCAUUUUCCAACAUUUACAGGACUGCCAGAGCUACUGCCACCUGCACCUCUUCACGUCUUCUCUUUCCUCUUCUUCCUCUACCUCACCCUUAUCACGCGUUACUAUCCGAUACCAGCUGCUGACAGACACGCUGCUCUUGGUUCUAGCACUUGUGGAAAUAUUUCCAUUGAUCCAGCAGUAAGAGACUGAGUGAGCAUCCGCCCUAAACUGAGGCUCCGGACCGGUGAGGCACCUUUCAUCAGGAGCUUCUCCAUCAGAGGCAGUCCCACUCCCAGCCGCUGUCCGGCGUGCAGACUCUGCCUUCUCCCUGGAGGACUGUUCUAGCGACACAGUGGUGCGGACAGCAAAGACAGGAAUCGCACAGCCCCUCCACUCUAUCCCAUUGCUAGCUACUUGGCAGCUCCCACCCCCGUGUCACCAUUCCCUGCCUCAGUGCUAAGGAUUCCAGCUACAUGGGCAAGCGAUUGGAGCAGCAGCCAAUGUACCCUCAGUACACCUACUACUACCCCCACUAUCUCCAGACCAAGCAGCCCUAUGCUCCACCCCCUCAUCCAAUGGCUCCUCCCAGCCCUAGCACCAACAGCUGCAGCCAGGGAGGGGCGGAGCAGCUGAGUAAGACCAACCUGUAUAUCCGAGGCCUGCCACCUGGGACCACUGACCAGGACCUCAUCAAACUCUGCCAACCGUAUGGAAAAAUAGUGUCAACCAAGGCCAUCCUGGAUAAAAACACCAACCAGUGCAAAGGCUAUGGCUUUGUGGAUUUUGACAGCCCAGCUGCAGCACAGAAGGCCGUGUCGUCUCUCAAAGCCACUGGGGUGCAGGCCCAAAUGGCCAAGCAACAAGAGCAAGACCCCACCAACCUUUACAUCUCCAAUCUGCCGGUUUCUAUGGAUGAGCAGGAGCUGGAGAACAUGCUGAAACCCCUGGGUCACGUCAUCUCCACGAGGAUACUGAGGGAUGCCAACGGGGUCAGCAGAGGAGUUGGUUUUGCCAGGAUGGAGUCCACAGAGAAAUGUGAAGUAGUGAUACAGCAUUUCAAUGGAAAAUACCUGAAAACCCCGCCAGGCAUUCCAGCUCCCACGGAGCCUUUGCUGUGCAAAUUUGCCGACGGAGGGCAAAAGAAACGCCAGAGCCAGAGCAAGUACCCUCAGAACGGGAGGCCGUGGCACAGAGAAGGCGAGACUGGCAUGGCGUUAACAUAUGAUCCCGCUGCAAUGCAGAAUGGGUUCUACUCCUCGCCUUACAGCAUCGCCACCAACCGCAUGAUCGCACAGACCUCCAUCACGCCCUUCAUCGCUGCUUCCCCCGUUUCCACAUAUCAGGUCCAGAGUACGUCAUGGAUGCCUCAUCAACAAUAUGUUAUGCAACCUACAGGUGCAGUGAUCACGCCAGCCAUGGACCACACUAUGUCCAUGCAGCCUGCCAGCAUGAUGGGCCCUCUUACACAGCAGAUGAACCAUCUGUCCCUGGGCACUACAGGAAGUUACAUGACUGCUGCAGCCGCCGCGGCGCCUAUGCAAGGGACCUACAUUCCCCAGUACACUCCUGUGCCUCCAACAGCCGUCCCUGUCGAAGUAAGACCCACACGCAUGCACACGGGAGUGGUGACGGACGCCUCCCCCCAGACAGUGGCUCCCUCAUCACAGGAGGUGGCUGGCCAGCAGCAACAGAUCCAGGUGGACAGUGCUGCCGACCAUGUUCCUGCUUACUCAUACCAGUCCAAAUAGCAACGGCCUGAGCGAAUGUUCCUGUGACAGCGUUGCCUUGAGACAGAAGGUGGCUGCACUGUGAAUGUGAGGAAUAGAGAGUAGAAAGAGAUUGCUUCCAGAUUGCCCAGGCACCAAAAAAGAGACACUUUUUUCAUUUCCUACCUGGCCUACGAGAAAAAAAAAAAAAAAAAAACGCGAGAAGGAGGCAAAGAGUGCUGAGGAAGGGGAUGGGAAAAUUGCUGGGCACAGUGCAAAGAAGUGAAAUUGUUUAGUCUGGGAACCUGCCUGAAGGGCUGGGCUGAAGCUUGAAAAGUUUCUCAAAGGAAAUUCUCUACCAAUUAAAAAAAAAAAAGAAAAAAAACAUUUAAAAAAUGACAAAAAAAAAAGGUUGAAUGCGCAGGUAGGUGAUGAAGUUUAUUUUGUAAUUAGAAAAGGGGAGUCAAGUUUGAGAUACACACAGAGAUUGUCUUCCUCAGAUAUUAAGCUACAAUUUCUUUUCACUCUUUUUUAUGUUCUAGUGUUAAAUUUUAGUUUUCUAGAUAUAUUCGAAAACAAAGUGUUUUUUCUUUCUUGAAUCUUCAUGGCCUUAAUUUGAAGGGCGCCAGAAACUUUUUACAGAGUUAAACUCUGACGUCUGGUUAGGAAAAAAAAAAAAGCAAACAAAAUCAGUCUCUUGGACCACUUGGAGGGUACAAGACACUGGAUGAGUUGUUCUAAAGAGGAAAAAAGAAUCUAUCACAUAAGCUGUACAGAUUUAAUAGAGAAGAGCUUUUUUUUCUUUUCUUCAUUAGAAGAAAACUUUGAUAAUUAUUAUGUCAGAGGUAACUAAGUGUCAGAAGAAAACAAAAUGUCUGUUGGGGAAAAAAGACUCGGGGGGGGAGAUAAAGCUCUGAAGAGAUUUUUCACAAUGAGGAAAAAAUGAAAACAUAAGAAAACAUGCUGCAUUGUGGAUGCAGUCUGUUGCAAAUGCUGAACUUGUUUUUAUUAUCAUAAUUAUUAUUUUACAUGGCAAAGUUGCUGUCAAUGACAUUAGUGCUUUUUAUCUGCCACAUUUUACCUUUUUUAUGAGCUUUAAGAUGUUUUUAGCCCGCUUUGCUUGUCACACUGCAAAAAGAAAAAAAAAAGAAGAAGAAAAAAAUAAUAAAACCACCAAAAAAAAAAAAAAAACUACGGAAAAAUUCUGGCAGUGAAAUAAAAACAGUAGAUUCAGUAGGAGCUUACGGUUUAAACCAAUCAGUGCAAAAGCAAUAGAAGAAAUUGUUGACAAUUUCUGUAGUCUUUCCUAGUUGUGGAUCAAAUGCAGCCCAUGGAUGGCCAUUUUUAUACCAAAGAUGAAGAGACACUCUGAACCAGAGUUUUGUUUUGGGUUUUUUUGUUUUUUGUUGUUUUUUUUUUUUCCCUUUUCAUUUUUCAGUUUGAUUUUGUUGUUGUUGAUGUUGAUGUUGUUGUUGAUGUUAAUGUUGAUAUUGUUGUUGUUGUUGUUGCUAUUGUCGGUGUUUUUUAUUUGACCUUGAUGGCCGGACCAGUCCUUACUAUCCUUCUUAACACCUUAUUUUCACCGGGUUUAAGCUAAUUUUCCAUGGUUGUCCGAGCUGUCACCAAUGCACGCACACACAUACACACACAUAUACACACACUCACACACAGACAUAUGUACACAGACGUGCACACACUUACAAACUCAUACGCACCAAUCAAACAGUAUUUAAAUGUGUGAUGCAGCUGGUGGCAGCCCAACCAAAAGUCCUUUUUCUUCACCUCCUCUUCUUGUCUUGGUUUCUUUAUAUGUCUCAUCAUUUUUACGAUGCUUUCACAUACCGUGGGUGCAUUCCACGUCUAUCUCUCUCUCAGAUCCUGCAGGGAAAACUUUAGGAAACAGAUUUGGGGACACGUUGCCUGCUAUGCUCCGUGGUUGUUGAUGCUUUGCUUCCGACUUUGUCCUUUCAGUAAUUUCUGUCCUCAGUCUCUUUAUCUCUUUGAUUCAGCCAUAACUAACUCAACCGUAACUCAGCAUACUGAGCUUCAGUUUUUUUUUUAACUGAGAAUCUCCCUGCUGCUGUUUGACCUCAUUUUAAUCUCUUUCACGUAGCCAUCAUGAAGCCUAGGUCACGUUUUCGAGUAUUUAUCUGCUCACCAACAGAUUACCAGAUGAGUGUUGUUUGCUGCAUCAUGUACAUCAGGUUAGUCACAAAUAGAAAACAAAACUGACUUUGAAGUCUUUAGUGAUGAUUGCAUAAACUUAAUGGCACUGACCUAAUAUGUGUGGCAGCCAAAGAUUAUUAAAAGUAAUAGUGGAAGUGCUUAAAGGACCAGUUUGGCAUUUUAGGAAAUACGUUGAUUCACUUUCUUCCCAAGAGUCAGAUGAGAAGAUCGAUUUCACACUCAUGUCUGAAUGAGCUUGGAACAGCGAGCCUGUAUUCACUUUCCACCGCCUCUAACACAUCAUACCUGUUGUGUUUAAUCCAUAGAAAAAAAUCACAGAAAAAAAUGACACUAUCUGGGGAGCUAUUUUAUGGGGAGUUAUGUGCUGCACUAUUCCUUGGCCAGUGACGUGCAGUGACGUCUUACAGUCUUGUCCUCUUUGGGAGGUUGAUAGACAACCAGCAGAGACUCCUGGAAGUUAUGGUGAAGAAAUGUCAAACUGUUUCUUUAAAAUACAUUUUAACUCAAGCAAAAAGGACUCUACAUCUGUAAACCAGGAAACUUUGCUUUGUAAGGUACUGUUUAUAAGACUGCCAUCACUCUGUGACACUAACAAGGCAUGGUAGAAGCGUGCUUAAAGACUAGAAAGAGACUCUCUGUCCUGACCAUCCCCUUGAUCAUCUCCCCAAUGCAAGCUGGGGAGGUCAGCACACCUGUGGGAACUAACUAGGCUCCUCAGCAACAUGUUGAUGGCAGCUCAUUCCUCGACCCCACCACUGAGUGUCAGUUACACCCCUGGUUGCCCCAAUUUGUUGCACAAACAACCCAGACUCAUCUCAUCCGGUCUUUCCAUCUCAGAGCUGUGUGAGGUUUUCAAUGACUUCAUCUCUGAGGAUUGUCCCUGAAGAAAUUGCCUGAGGGACAGCGGCCAUUUCUGCCCCCAUUACAGCAGGCUGUGUGUGUCUGGAGCACUGUGUGUCUGCUCUGUUCGCUCAUGCCCGCCCGCUCUGCCCCAACCGUGGUGCUCCAGUACUAAAAAGACCCCGUUAUUUCUCUGCUUCACUGGCACCAUUAAUGUGCCAUGGCCAAGCCAGGCUCCUUUGCUCUCAUUUUCCCUCGCUGUCAUUCUCUCCCUCUUCCCCUUCUCUCGCACUCUCCUUCUCUCUCUCUCUCUCUCUCUCUCUGAGGUUUCUUCUCUUUAUUGGAUGGUGCAGAAGCAGAACCACAAACCAAUUUCAGUCACUCUCGCAAUGAGGCUUGACGGGCCCAAUUUGUCUCCCUCCGGGGCAAUAGGAUCCACUCCAGUGUCCCUCAAAAGACCCUUCUCUUCCAAACAGAGAAGGAGCUUUUUGUUUGGUGACAAUUGCAAUUGAGCUCUUGCAGUUCAUGUGACUCAUUCAAAUCCAAGUCCAGUGUUGCGUUUUGGGACAAGAUGGCGUGUUGUGCACAUUACAGGCAAGCUAUGUCAUCAUGCGUGGCGAUGUUUGUAACUACCAAUCAAAUUGUACAUAGAGUGCCUUUUUAACAAAGCUUCCAAAUGAUUCCAAAUUAUCAGUGUGAUAGUUAAAGAAGCAAAGCACAUGGGAGAGCUUGUUAAAGAAGGUGUGCUAAUGAAAUGCUACACAAUAUUGAAGCUGCUCUAUGGUGCUAAAGGGGAAGCUGUCUCGGGCUUGUGCCUUCAUUGUGUCCACUGAUCUCUGUGACGAGCUGGCCACUGUUGAUCAUUUGGCCGUGAACUCACUCUUAACGGGCCACCUGUCCACUUGACGACACACAAAAGAAACAGGAACUCAGGUUCCUGUUGUGAACCACACUUUUAAAGCCAUACAUACAUUUCUUUUCCUCAGUAACUCUUUAAAUACCUGCUGUACAUUCUUGUCUUCCAUCCACCAGAGGGGGUCAAAAGCCAAACGCGUCAUUCAAACUGUCUCUGAGUGAUCAUUCAGCUAUUUAUUGUCCAAUCAAAUCAACACCUGCCCUUUUCCUUUCAUCUGAUCUGCCACUUAACAUCUGCUUUCACUUGCCUCGAGGCUACGAUUUGCUCUCAUCUCCCAAUGAAUAAGUCUCUGCCACAUUACAGUCUUUAAGAGCUAACAGCUGACGAAUGGUUUUAGAGCUCCCUGGACUUGCCCUCACUGCUCAUCUGUUCGCCAUUGUUGCAUGAACUCACUGUUCCUGAAUCAGUUUUAAGUCUCAUGAUUAAACGACAGAGCUGCUACAUGAUAACUUAACCAGUUUUAAGCUAGUACGUGUGUGUCUGUGUGCGUGUGUGAGGAGUUGUUCUGCUUAACAGUUCAACUUUUAGCAAGGUUAUGAAUACAGCAUUGCUAUAACCAAGUUCUCUAGACUUUUACAGCUGCUGUUUUAUAGAGUACAGAAGACAUUUUUGAAGCUUAAUAGGACUCAUAAUGCAGGAGUUGCACAUCGGAGAGCAGAGCGUCUUACAAAUGGCCUGAGAUUCAAUAGUAAUGGCAUUACGGGAAAUAGGAUUACAAAUAGUCGAGAGAUUAUGUUAAAAAUGCACAACAAAGAAUAUCAGCUCCAUUUUGCUAAUGGAGAUUUAAGGAAAGAAAAAGAUAUUAAGGCAGGUGUUUGCUUUUGGCGCACAGUACGAAUAUUUCACAGAGAUCUGAGAGAUUACCCGACUGAACAAAUAGAAAUGGCUUUUUCUUAAUAGCACAAUGGCAUAAUGUUCCUUUUCAGAAUACCAAUACCUUCAUGGAAGUGUACAGAAGGCAUGCCUGCAAUUUUAAGGAGGCUAUAGCAGAAACACUCUGCUCCCAGUCAGCCCAUGUGUCAGCACAAACCAGAAGCCAGCCAUGCCGAGAGAGAGAGCGAGAAAGAGUGUGUGUGUGUGAGAGAGAGAGCGAGAGAGAGAGAGAGGAAGAGGAAGAAAGAGAGGGAGAUCAUUAGCUCGUGUUGCUGGGCAGAAAUGAUCAUAGCCUGAAGUUUCUCUGUCUUCAUGCAGCAGAAUGUCCCCAGUACAGAAUUCCAGAAGGUGACCAGCUUGACCUCUCACUAAUUAGCAACACGCACUCUUCCUGUCUUGCACCAUCACACCCAGACUCGUUCUCUUCUUUUCUCCACAGUCACUCAUCAUUUUCCACCUCUUCCAUUACUUUACGUCCUUAAACAUUCAGCUUGCCUUAGUAUGGCCACAUCAGCAUCUUUUCACCUUAAGAAAAAACAUCAAAGUGAAAGACUCCAAUCUGCUGCUGUUGCGUCAUCUUAGAUUAGAUUGGCCGGAGAUCCAGGGGCCCUGUUCACCUAAUUUGCAAAAUUCAAGCUAUAAUUUGCAACAUGAGAUGAAGUCCCCUCAUGUUAAUUUUGGCUCUUUUCACUAGACACAACAACGGCUUGCAACCCGGGCAUGAGCACGCAAGAGGACUUUGAAUUGUCUGCAGUUUGCAACAUUCAUUUCUGAAACAUGAUGCUAACACCAGUUGCAAUAGGUGUGUAUGCAUUGCUUGCAAAUAGCUUUUGUGAUAUGGUGUCCUGGGUUAUAGGUCAGGACAGCAGGUUGGAGGGGUAAAAGUUUAUGCAAUCAUUCAUUUUUAUUAAAAUUUAAACUUUAGUAAUAAACAUAGUUUAGUGUAUUUUCAGUUUUGAUUAGGAAAAUAUCAGAAUUGUCAUAAUGCAGUAAAUCUCACUCAUCUGGUGCCCCAAGAAAGUCAAAUACUUUUUCGACUACUGUUUGAUGCAGGGAGGAGUAGAUGUUGAGAAAGGCAGCAUUUCAUUCCCCAUGGGUUCUCUUUGGAUAACUCACACACUCUCUACAAGGUAAAUCAGAUUUUCUGUGAGUUUACCUGCUCUCAGAUACCUGAUAAAUACAGAUUUUGAGAUUUUACCUACAUCCUGGUGUUCUCCAGUGUCAGUCUUUCAAGGAGAGGUGCUCACUUCACUGCCUUUUUUAAAAAAAAAACAAAAAAAACAAUGCUUUUUCUCAAUCCGUCCCUUACGCACUAUUUCUCACAGUCACUGCCGCCAUCCCUAAAUCUGACAUGAUUCAGAAAGUCAUUUAGUCAGUGUGGCCUCCACACUGUCACAGGAGUAAACUCAUUAGGUGUAUUACAUGUCAUACUCAGUUGUUUGUGAGGCUCUUGCAGAUUCAUCCUUUGUGAAUGGAGUCGUAGCCAUUUGACAUUGAUUCUUGUGUGUUAGGAAAACAGUAGUUCAGAGUUACUCUCACAGCUUGUCUCUCACAGUAAAGAAGUGUAAAGGAGAACCGUGGCUCAAUAACUCAUCACAGACCAGCACAUACACACACACACUUACACACGCUCUCCACACACGUAAUGCAGUGGGAAAAUUGCUCAAACUAUCCCCCACAAGAGCGAGGCCCUGCGCUUUUUAAUUGAUGCUUCGGUCCACCUUUGAUGAGAGUUAUCGAUUGGCCACACAACCCCAGGAGCGCAGCCAGCCAGCCAGCACACCCCUCGUGGAGUUCAAACAGCUCCCCGAGAAAUACAAAAUCCAACAAUCACUAGGAAAUGGCCUACCAAAUUGUUUAGAGAUAGCCAGCACAGAAAGUGUGUUAGGCAUGGGACUCAUUUAUCGGAAAAAAAGAGGAACUAUUUAUUAGGACAGCAGAGCGGUUUUUAAUUUGUUUUUUUGUUAGUUUUCUCUUUUUGUUUUUUCUGUUUCUUUUUCACUUUUUCUUUGUUUCAGCGCCGAGGAGGACAUGGUCACGCCUCGCACACGCUGCUCAGUGUGUGUGAUCUUUGAGAAACUAUCUGUACAUCUGUGGAUGUUAGGAUUUGACUUGGGUUUUAUGAGUUGUUUUUUUUCUCUCUGAUGAAGCUUUCAAUAAAAAAAUGUGGAAAAAAGCA